AUGGCGCUUCAAAUUCCAUUAUUAUUACUUUCAUUCAUAAUCUUCUCCUUUUCAGGGGUGGUUUACUCCGUUGAUUUCGCCGUUACAAAUAAUUGUCAGUUCCCAAUUUGGCCGGGAGCCUUGACCGGAAUUGGCACCCCUCUCUCCACCACUGGCUUCGAAUUACUCCCCGGAUCAACGUCGACGGUGACCACAUCUCCGCCGUGGUCCGGCAGGUUUUGGGCUCGAACCCUUUGCUCCAUAGACGUGAGUGGGAAGUUCAAUUGCGGAACCGCUGAUUGCGGUAGCGGCCAAGUGGCAUGCAAUGGCGCCGGCGCAAUUCCGCCUGCAAGCCUUGUGGAAUUCACUAUAGCGCCAACCGGUGGCGUAGAUUACUUCGACAUCAGCCUCGUUGAUGGCUUUAAUUUGCCUGUUUCGGUGACGCCAAUGGGCGGAACCAGUGAGUGCCAAGCGGUAGUUUGUGCAGGAAAUGUAAAUGCAAUUUGUCCACCGGAAUUAGCCGUCAGAGGACAAGAUGGUGCAGUGAUCGCGUGUAAAAGUGCUUGUAUGGCUUUCAAUCAGCCGGAAUUUUGUUGCUGCGGCAACCACAAUCAGCCACAAACUUGCCCGCCGACGAACUAUUCGAAGAUGUUCAAGGAUCAAUGUCCCCAGGCUUAUAGUUACGCUUACGAUGAUCAAACAAGUAUCUUUACGUGCACGGCCGGAGCCAAUUAUGGCAUCACUUUUUGUCCUUGA